AUGCCUCCUACUCGUUACCCCGUUGAGUCUUCUAAGGAUACCAUUUCCAUCUUAGUAACCACUGAUAAUCACAUUGGAUACAAAGAAAGUGACCCAGUGAUUGGUGAUGACUCUUGGAAGACGUUUGAUGAGGUGAUGACCAUUGCUGAAGAACGCGAAGUGGACAUGGUCCUACAAUCAGGAGACUUGUUCCAUAUUAAUAAGCCGUCAAAGAAGUCGAUGUAUCAAGUAAUGCGGAUUCUCCGCUCGCAUUGUCUUGGAGAUAAACCUUGUGAGUUAGAAUUACUCAGUGAUCCUGGCGAAACUUUUGAUGAUGGUUUCAAUACCGUCAACUAUGAGGAUCCUAAUAUCAAUAUUUCAAUUCCAAUGUUUGCCAUCUCAGGAAACCAUGAUGAUAGCACUGGGGACAGUUUGCUUUCUCCCAUGGAUGUGUUAAAUGUUUCAGGUUUGUUGAAUCAUUUCGGAAGGGUUUUAAAAAAUGAUGAAAUUGAAAUCACUCCCAUUUUGUUACAGAAAGGGACCACAAAGUUAGCAUUGUAUGGGUUAGCCAGUGUAAUCGAGGAAAGACUACAUAGAACUUUUAGAGAAGGGAAUGUUAAAUUCAAGACCCCAAACGUUCGGAAAGACGAGUGGUUCAAUUUAAUGGCUGUCCAUCAGAACCAUCAUGCACAUACUGAAACAUCGUACUUACGGGAAGAUUUUUUACCAAGCUUUUUAGAUUUAGUGGUUUGGGGACAUGAGCAUGAAUGUAUUCCUUACCCCGUACAAAACUAUGAGGCAGGGUUUGAUACUUUGCAACCAGGGUCCUCGGUGGCAACCUCUUUGAGUGAUGCAGAAACGCACGAAAAGAAUGUUUUUAUCAUUAAUAUCAAAAACCGGGAAUACUCCGUCGAACCAGUUAAGUUGAAAACUGUUAGGCCUUUCAUAAUGGAAGAUAUUGCCUUGGCUGAUUCAGGGAUCGCUCCUGGUCCAACCUCCAAGCCCCAAGUAACCCGAUUUUUAACUAAUAAAGUGAAUUUAUUGAUCAAGAAGGCCAAACAAAAGUGGAAGGAUCAGCACCCGGAAAUGUUUGAGCUUGAUGAUGAAUCUAUAGUAGUAGAAGAUGGCGAUGGUAACAAUAUCAUUGAUGAAGGCCAACGAGAUACAAGGUACCCGUUACCAUUGAUCCGACUUAGAGUGGACUAUACUGGUGGUUAUGAAGUAGAGAAUCCUCGAAGAUUUAGCAAUAUGUUUGUGGGGGAAGUGGCCAAUGUGAAUGAUAUUAUAUCGUUCCAUAGAAAAAGAGCGGCGUCGACAAACAAGCUGGUAAAAUUGCAGGAUAUUGAAAUCGAGCAAAAUGCUGGGGUUAAAGUUCAAGCAUUUGUGAAAGGGUUUCUAGAGGAAACAGAGCUAUCUCUUUUAUCAGAAAUUGGAAUGGGGUUGGCGAUUAAGAAUUUUGUCGAAAAGGAAGACAAGCAGGCGUUGGAAGGUUUUAUUAAAAAAGAGAUCAAGAAUGAUAUCAAGAUGUUGUCAAAAGUUGACAUCGAAGAGAGCACAUCAUUACUAAAAUAUAUCAAGACCAACAAGAAAAGCUUUUCGACUUUCAAUAAGGAUAAUGAUGUGGAUAAACAAGUUAAAAAAGCAAAACCGAGGAAGAAUGUAAAAAGUGCGGAGCUUGUCGAUAGUGAAGAUGAGGAAUCCCUGGUGGAAAGCGAACCAUUGCCUCCACUAAAGAAAAGAGGAAGGGUAUCAUCAAGAAAGAAAGUUGAUGUUAGUGAUUCUGAAUCUGAAUCACGAGCCACAAGAAGGAAAAAGUCAAAGGUUGUGGAACUAUCUGAUGAAAGUGGAGUUGAUGAUAAUGUUAAGAAGCUUACCAAGAGAACUCGAGCCUCAGCGAAAAAAACCGGUGCAUUAGUUAUUGAUAGUGAUAAUGAAGGGGGGAGUAGUGUAUCUGAGGAAGAGGAACCUGUGGCCAAUAAGAGAACCACAAAAGCCAGCAGUACCCGUGGCAGAGGUCGGGGUCGGGGUCGGGGCCGUGGUCGCGGAGGCAAAGCGGCGACUACAUCUAGCAGAGGUGCCAGUUCCAAAAAGAAAACCACCGAUGAUUCUGCCAAUAUAAUGUCGAUGCUCUCGCAGUUUCUGAGAUGA